AUGGGAGGUGUUGGAUUGCCUGAAAAGAACUUCAGAAAUCAGGGAAAUGCAUCAUCCAAAGAAGCUCAACUAGGACCUGUAUUCUCCUUUGCUCUGGAUAAAUCCCUGGACUUCAUUAUUGACACAGCAUCAGGUGAUCAUCCAUUUGAUCCUUACGUUGGAACUUUGAAGACUGCUGGAAUCCUAGUCCUGGUGGGCGCUCCAAGUGAAAUCAAGCUCAGUCCUUUGAGACUUCUUCUUGGUAUGAUAACCAUUUCUGGAAGUGCAACAGGUGGUACAAAAGAUACACAAGAAAUGCAGGAUUUUUGUGGCAUUCACAAAAUCUACCCCAAAGUAGAAAUUGUACCUAUUCAGUCUGUGAAUGAAGCACUUGAGAGGUUGAUAAAGAAUGAUGUCAAGUACUGA